CGAAUAUGUAUUGUCUCUGAGCUGGUAUGGGACAGAUCUUGACCUGUCCUGUCCUGUAAGCGUGACCCCUCCCUCCUUCGUCUGUAAGAACAAUGCCAUGGAAUUGACUGUUGUUGGUGAUGGGACAGCAGAUGAACUAUCAGUUGCAUUAAAUGGGGAAUGGGCACCUCUGCUUUAUGUGGCCACUCAAUGCUGGCACCGAGAGGUGUCCAGCCAAGGAGAUCUCACCUUCUUAGUUCCAUAUACCAGCUGCGGUGUCAACUUCAGGGAUGGUCGUUUCAUUCUGGAUUUGAGAUCAAAAGACAAGAUGAUUCCACUGUCUUGUCCAUAUGACUCAAUAUCAGGGCUUUCUUUGACAAACCAACCACUGCCACAAAGAGAACCCAGUGUAUACCACAAAUCACCAACUGGAUUUCCUACAAAAGCAAUAGCCGGUCAGAUUGUGAAGGAGGAGCAUGGAUUUCUUGUUGAGCAACUGGCAAGAAAUGCAGCUAGAACACCCGCUGUACAUCCCAGAAGUCAUUUGCUGCCUAAAUUACCAUCUUUGCCUGGUUCUUUUAAUCUAGCUGUAAACUUCCCAUUUUCACUUCCCAUACCAUCCCGGCCAGCUCACAGAGACCAGACAAGUAAACCUGUGGAUUUGACUCCUGCACCGACCCCUGCACCGACCCCUGAUCCUACUGUCUCUAGCUCUGAGUUUACCGACAGUGUUCAAAGUCAACUGCCCCAUUAUGUCUCCGAGCAGAUCCACCAGGAACUUGCUGCUCCAGUCACUAAGGCUCCUAAAUCUGAACAUCACUACAUGCAGUAUCCUUACACGUUCCAAAAACCUGUUUCAGCUUUCUCUCAAACUGAGCCUUCUCUUGCUCAGGAAUACCAACCUCCAAGAAUGCCUGUUCCUAGCGCUGCACUGUAUCAGCCUUAUGGGAUGACUCAGAAUUUUCCUAAACCUAAUCCACUUCAUGUAAAUCCUGCUUUUGCCAGUUUAGCGCCAUAUAUUCCACCUGGUUAUUAUUUGUGCCCUUAUUACAAUCAGCAUCCACCGGUUCUUCCACAGAUGUUUCAGCCUCCCGUUCCAACUCAGCCUUUACUGUAUCAAAAACCCAGUUAUCAAAAGCCUGAGAUUACUCCCCUUGCCCCUACUGACCCUGCUGUGCCUCCCAUGAAAGAGUACUCAGAACAGCAACUGGCUAGUGCUGUAGCUUCCAGCCCUCAUGAUUCUGGUAGUCAACGUUUCCAGCCUACUCAGUACCAGCCGUACCUUUACCAAAGUAGUCAUGGUCGUCCAAGUUCCACCACACCCUUAUCUCCAACUUCUCAGCUUAUUCCCAUAUACCUGCAAUCUCAAACAAGGCAAUAUCCUCCUUAUCCUGCUUUUCAAGAUGCAAGACCAGCCCAGCCACAAUAUUACCAAAUGCUUAAUCAACCUAGUGGAUCAGUCCAACAGCCUUGGACAACCAGUCGCCUUCCUGUAAAAAGUUUGCCUCAAGAGUCAAGACCGUUGACGCUAGCUUCAAGCCAGACACCUGAGCAUCUCCAGUAUCAGACUGGUGGAGACCAAGCUCUAGAUCUGUAUCAGAGGUCUGGCACAGGAAUCUCAAGUCCUUCACAAUACCAGCUCAGUGAGUUUCCCAAAUUCCCAUAUCCAGCACUGAGACCAGAGGUACUUUCAGGUUAUGUUUCCACAGAAAAUAGUGGUUCUAAGGGAUUUUUCCAGCCACGGUCCAAAGCUCCAGUUCCCAUUCCAGAGGCCCCAGCUUUUACAGGCACCCGUCCUAUUAUAUCCUCGCCACCCCCCGAGCACCAACCUUUGCAGGGAAAAUCUGAGGCACAAGUUGCACAGCUUCCUUAUAGUCAGGGUCCUUUAGUCGGAUACAUACAAAAUCCCCAUGUCAACCGUCAAAGGCCAAGUGAACCACGCAGUCAGAAGCCUCAGAAUGACACUCUGCCACACUACCAAUUUUUCAGACAAGCAAAUCUACCGAAGGAUGUUUAUGUGCCACCACACUUCAGGUCUACCUCCCAGGAAGAAGUGCAAUCAGCAAAAAAGGCAUCACAUUCUGGGUCAUAAUUCUACAGACAUCCAACUGCUGAUGCUCACAAUUAAAAUGUUCAUGUUUGGGGUUGGUGUUGGUGUUCAAUGUUGAUGUUUGUUAUGAAAAGAUGGUCUUAAUAAAUGGUCUUUUGAGAGGUUUUGUUUAAAAAAAAAAAAAAAAAGUU